AUGGCUGUCGUAGCUGAAUACGUCCCUGGAAAAGACGGGAAAGGCAUCCAUGACGCUGAAAAGGAUGCUAACACGACUGCAGCUCGCGACGAGUCCACAACACGUCUUGCCCACAACUGGACAUCUACCAGGAAGAUAUUCGCAGCUUCAACCAUUAUUUACAUGAACUUCAACACGACGCUGGGAUCGUCUCUUCCCAGUGGUGCUGGCAACGCACUCAACGACGCGUUCGGAGUAACAUCCGAAAAACAGAAGCCCCUCCCAGUGGUUGUUUUCUUAAUCGGCUAUAUCAUCGGACCCGUCUUCGCGCCCCUUUCCGAGUCAUACGGUCGACGACCGAUAUUUCUUGUCUCCUUUGCUGUCUACACGGCUUUUACCUUGGGCUGCGCUUUGGCUCCCAACUGGCCGGCGUUUCUUUUUUUUCGCUUUCUGCAGGGAUGCGGUGCUGCGGCGCCCCAGACGGUGUCGAAUGGCCUCUUUUCCGAUAUUUACCCCGAUUUGAAGCAGAGAGGACGCGCAGUCACGGUUUUGGGGCUCACGAGCAACGUCGGUCCCCUCAUCGGGCCUAUUAUAUCUGGAUUUUCGUCGUCAAAGAACUGGAAAUGGCAGUUUUGGAUCGCCCUGGCUAUGACUGCAGUCAACUGGCUGAUGCUGUUGUUUUUGCAAGAAACAUACUCGCCCGUGCUUCAUGCAAGAGAAACAGGAUUUCAAGAGAAUGAGAAAAAAGCAAGCUUCAAGGAUAUUUUGCUGGUUCUUUUACGCCCGAUCAGAAUCACUGCGGAGCCCUUGGUCUUUUUCACCGAUCUCUUUAUCCUAUACCAAUACAUAAUUUUCUUCCUUUACUUCGGGCUGUACCCACUUGUAUUUCAAGAUACAUACAAAAUGACUUCAGGGGUAUCUGCGCUCAUGUUUCUCGGAACAGGCGUGGGAGGGGUGGUGGCUAUAUUCAUAUUCCUCGCCUGGGAACGAUACCAUACUCGCGCAGAGCAGCAAGGACGAGCAUGGGCACUGAGAGAAGAGUACCGCCGACUUCCUCUAGCCUGUCUUGGAGGCCCCCUGUUUGCCAUUUCUGAAUUCUGGCUUGGAUGGAGCGCUCGCCCAGAUAUCCAUUGGAUUGUGCCCGCACUGUCCGGAAUCCCCCUGGGAAUCGGUAUCGAUCUCACCUUUAUGGCGCUGAACAACUAUCUUACCGACGCUUAUGGGAUAUAUAGUGCCUCGGCAACGGCUUCGAGUGUAAUAACUCGUAAUACAUUUGCUAGCAUUAUCAUUCCGCUGAGCACUUACCCGCUGUAUAACAAUCUGGGUGCUGCUUGGGCCUGCACUCUUCUCGGGGGAUUGUGUUGUCUGAUGACUCCGAUUCCAUUUGUGUUUCUUCGCUGGGGGACUGUAAUGAGGGCACGCAGUCCGUUCUGUCGCCAGCUCAACGAGGGAGGUUAG